CUCGACGCUGACAAAGCGUUCAUUAUAUUUAUGCUACAGCAUGAUCCCUUCCCCGCAUUCAGCUCUCUUCCACCUCUUUGACUCGUAACUGCAAUAUUACCCAGUCACUAUGUCACUCAUCGGCAAGUUUGCACACCUCCCGGGACGGCCAAAUGCCUCGGAGGCGACACCCUUGCUCGAGAAGAUUGCAAGCCAGGUUAAGCCCAUCAUGAAGAAGCGUGGUUGGAAAGUUGGCGUCCUCGGCGAGUUCUUUCCCGCCAACCCGGCGUUGCUUGGUAUCAACAUCAACCGGGGUCAGCGCAUCAACUUACGACUGCGGCCGCCUGAUAAUCCAUCGGGGUUUUACGACCUGGAGCAGCUUGUCCUCGUCAUGUUGCAUGAGCUGACGCACAUCGUCCAUGGCCCACACGAUGCCUCGUUCUACAAGUCCCUCGCCGAACUUGAGGAGGAAUAUUACGACCUUAGGCGAAAAGGGUACACUGGCGAGGGCUUCCACUCGGACGGGAACAGGCUGCAGGGAAUGCGGGUGAACGAGUACGAGGGGCGGAGGAAGGGGCUCGCCGCCGCAGAGAAGCGGCUGCAGCAGCAAAGAGUCAUGGGACGAGGCGGCGUGCUCGGCGGUUCCAGGACCGCGGGGAAGAGCAUGCGCGAAAUCGUCGCAGAGGCGGCUCAACGCCGGCAGAAUGACGACAAGACGUGUAAGGUGGAUACGAAGGAGGCUGAGGAGGAGGCGCGCAUAGCGCAGGAAGAGAGCGUGGUCGUCGAAGCGACAAGCGAGGACACAGCACGGCAGACAGAGGCCAAGCACGGACGCAAGCGUGUACUGGGCGAGGCAGUUCCGGGCACUGCUGAGGCCCCGAUUGUCAUUGACGAUUAUUUUCCAGAGGACGUGCAGCACGCAGCUCGUAUUAGCACGUCUAGGGUUCAUGAUGCUUUGGCGGCGAGAUCUGGCUCCGCCUCGCUCUGCAGCAGGACAGACUUGCCGACUAGCGCGCCACCGACCUCUCGCCUCGGGUCGGCGCCAAGCGAUCCGGGUAAGCCCUUUCCUGUCACUCCCGAGUCGAGCCGGAGCGCAAACAGUUCAUCUCCGUCGGCUCCACAGAACGGUAACAAGAACACUGCUACGGGCAUGGGCGGCACAAGAAAGCCCGAUGCCACCGCCUCCUCUUCCGGCCGCGCCGCCCCUGCCUUGUCAGCAACAUGGUCUUGCAACACAUGCACCCUCAUCAAUCCCAUCUCAGCCUCUCAAUGUGAAGCCUGUGCACAUGCACGCCCGGUGCCGAACACAGCAACGAUGGGCGCAUGGUGGUGCGAGUUCUGCGGAGCAGGCCCGCGCGAGAUGAGUUACUGGAGCUGCCUCGAGUGCGGAUGGGUGAGGAAAUGGGGAUGAAGGUAGAAAGACUUGUACGAGUUCAUUGUAUUGUUUGGCCAUUUAAACAGUAAGUAGCUGCCGGUGCGAGACGAGCAGAGAGGUCCACAUGUGGC